AUGAGUCGCCAGUUCUCUUGUAGGUCUCGUGGAGGAGGAGGUGGUGGUGGUGGAGGAGGAAGCUGGGGCCGAGGCUUCAGUGGAGGCUCUGCAGUGGUUUCCAGUGGGAGCCGGAGGUCUGUCAGCAGUUCUCCCUGCUUGAUGCGCCAUGGUGGAGGCAUGAGCAGCCAGAGCCUUGUUGGCCUCGGAGGGAACAAAAGCAUCUCCAUCAGUGUGGCCAGAGGGGGCAGUGGUUUUGGUGGUAGAGGUGGCAGCUGUGGCGGAGGCGGCUUCGGCGGAGGCGGCGGUUUCGGUGGAGGUGGUUUCGGUGGAGGAGGCGGUUUCCGCGGAGGCAGCGGUUUUGGAGGAGGCGGCGGUUUUGGAGGAAGUGGCUUUGGAGGAGGUCGGUUUGGGCCAGGCGGUGGUUUUGGUGGCCCCGGUGGAUCCGGUGGCUUUGGUCCUGGAGGAUACCCUGGAGGUGGCAUUCAUGAAGUUACUGUCAACCAAAGUCUUCUGGAACCCCUUAAUGUGAAAAUUGAUCCGGAUUUCCAGAAUGUCAAAUCAGAUGAAAAGGAACAGAUCAAGAAACUCAAUAAUAAAUUUGCUACUUUCAUCGACAAGGUACGUUUCCUGGAGCAGCAGAACCAAGUGUUGACAACCAAAUGGGAGAUGCUCCAGCAAAUCGAUGUCAGUACCCAAACAACCAACCUAGAGCCCUUAUUUGAAAAUUACAUCAGCAACCUGAAGCGCCGGGCAGAUGCUCUUGUGGCAGAGAGAACGAAGCAAGACUCAGAACUGAACAACAUGCAGGAUCUUGUUGAGGAUUUUAAGAAGAAGUAUGAAGAAGAAAUAAACAAACGUACUGGCUGUGAGAAUGACUUUGUGACAAUUAAGAAGGACGUGGACAAUGGUUACAUGAACAAUGUGGACCUGGAGAACAAGGUGAACCUGAUGAGAGAAGAAACCGACUUCUUACGUGUCCUAUUUGAAACGGAGGAGUCCCAGAUGCAAAAAUGCAUCACUGAUACCAAUGUGAUCCUGUCCAUGGACAACAACCGCAACCUGGACAUGGAUAGCAUCAUCAAGGAGAUCCAAUCCCAGUGUGAAGACAUUGCCCUGAAGAGCAAGACAGAGGUGGAAGCCCUAUACCACAGCAAAUAUGAGGAACUCCAGAUCACUGCAGGGAAACAUGGAGAGAGCCUGAAGGAAAUAAAGAUGGAGAUCAGUGAGCUGAACCGCAUGAUCCAGAGACUUCAGGGAGAAAUCUCCCAUGUGAAAAAGCAGUGCCAAGGUGUGCAAGACUCCAUUGCUGAUGCAGAGCAACGGGGGGAGCAUGCUCUCAAAGAUGCCAGACACAAGAUGGAGGAGCUGGAGGAAGCUCUCCAGAAAACCAAGGAGGAGCUGGCCCACCUGCUGAGGGACUACCAGGAGCUGAUGAAUGUCAAACUGGCCCUGGAUUUGGAGAUUGCCACCUACAGGAAGCUGCUGGAGGUAGAGGAGGAAAGAAUCUCUGGAGAAGUAUGCAGUAACGUGAGCAUAUCUAUAAGCAGCAGCACUAUCUCAUCCAAUGUGGCAUCCAAGGCUGGCUUUGGAGGUUCUGGAGGAGGAGGAGGACACGGUUCUGGAGGCAGGGGGUCUGGCUCUGGAGGAGGAAGAAGUUAUAGCUCUGGAGGCAGUGGUUCUGGAGGCAGGGGGUCUGGCUCUGGAGGAGGAAGAAAUUAUAGCUCUGGAGGUAGUGGUUCUGGAGGCAGGGGAUCUGGCUCUGGAGGAGGAAAAAAUUAUAGCUCUGGAGGCAGUGGUUCUGGAAGCAGAGGGUCUGGUUCUGGAGGAGGUAGAGGUGGUAGUUCUAGAGGAGGUUAUGGAUCCAAUUCAGGAGGAGACCAGGGAGAAGAGGGCUGUGGCUCCAGUGUGUCUUUCUCAUUCAGAUAA